AUGGCCUCCAAGGGAGACCGUGCCCGGGCUUUGGCCGGUGGCACCGACCUGCUGGUGCAACUUCGCGGUGGCCGCCGCAGCGCUGAUCUGGUGGUUGAUGUUAAGGACAUUCCGGAACUGAACGAGAUUUCCUACAGUCCGGACUCAGGUCUGACCAUCGGCGCAGCAGCACCCUGUUACCGCAUCUACCAGAACGAGGACGUAGUGUCCAAAUAUCCAGGGCUGGUUGACUCUGCUUCGCUGAUAGGAAGCAUUCAGAUUCAGGGCAGAGCCAGCUUUGGUGGCAACCUUUGUAAUUCCGCCCCCAGCGCCGACGCAAUACCGCCGAUGAUCGCAUUGGGAGCCGUUGCCAACAUUGUGGGCACCAACGGAACCAGGCAGGUCGCCGUUGAGGACUUUUGCACCGGCCCCGGCCGAAACGUAUUGGAGGCUGGCGAAAUCCUGGUUUCCAUCAACGUACCCGCUCCUAAAGCAGGUUCUGGAGCUAAUUAUCUGCGAUUUAUUCCCCGAAACGAGAUGGAUAUUGCGGUCGCCGGCGUCGGCAGCGCAGUGGUGCUGGAUGAUUCGGGCCAAAACUUUGUAUCCGCCCGCAUUUCCCUGGCUUCCGUCGCCCCGACUCCCGUAUUCUGCCAGGAGGCUGGCGCCAGCCUGGCCGGGAAGCCGGUUUCCGACGAGUCCAUAGAAGAGCAGCCCGGUUGGCUAUGGCAGAUGCCAAGCCUAUCACCGACAUGCGUGGUACGAUUCGUCAGCGGGUUCAUCUGGUUGGAGUCCUGA